UCAUUAAUCAUAGCACACAAAAUUCCAAACUUGAUAAAAUGAAAUCAGUGGGCUAAAGUCUCUACCUUUCUCCUUCUUCCUUCUUCCUUAUUCCUCUUCUUCAAUCAGAUUCUCUCCUAUUACCUAGCUCUCUUCGUUUCCUGUUUCUUUAUUUCAUUUCCUAUCUCUUGUUCUGUUCUGUUCUGUUCUGUUCUGUUCUGUUCUGUUCGGUUCUGUUCUUGAUUAUGAUACUAAGCAAGAGACCUCAUCUAAUGAUCCGUAAAUUGUCUGAGAUGUUGGUUCCAAGAAGCCGAUCUGCUAUUAAACCGGAAGAUUCCACGGCCAGCCCCAGAAGUCCCUUGGAUUUGAAAUUCCCCUCGCCGGUUAGCUCGAAGCGGUACGGUUCUCGUGGUGUCGGUUUGGGUAUCGUAGCUGCGUUGGAGGAAACUAGAAUCGGGAUUCACGAUCCGGUUCGUUACUCCGGGAGAUUCCGUUGCCCUGAGGUCGAUCUGUCGGACGAGGAAUACACUUACGUCACGAGCCCUAACGGCCCGACCAAAGUUUACUACAACGACGACGACGGGUUUGAACUGAGUGAAAAUGAUUACCGGAGAGUGCAUAAACCGAUUGUUAUCGCCGAGGAACCACCGGUUAUUAUUAAAAGGCAGACUUUUAGGGAUUCGACAGAGUUUCUGAGCUCGUGUUGCUUGUGUGAGAAGAAACUUCAAGGCAAAGACAUAUACAUGUACAAAGGAGAGAUGGGAUUCUGUAGUGCUGAAUGCAGAUCAGUGCAAAUAAUGAAUGAGGAACGAAAAGAGCAAUGUAAAACGCAAGUUUCAAGAAACGUACAAGUUUCGAGCUCUCCUUACGCCACCGGACAGAGAUUAUCUGCCGGAAUAUUCGUGUUUUAGGAUUGGACACACACGACGAUAUAACUCUAUAAGAGAAGUCUUCGAUGAUGAGAUUAAAAUAAAAUAAAAAACAAGAGUGAUCAUCAUUCCAUUUUACCUUAAAAGAAAAAAAGUGAAAUUUUUGGUUAGGUUAAAAUAGAAAGCAACCAUUGUAUAGAAGUUUGCUUUUUGAUUGAAAUACCGAUUAAUGAUGUUCAAUGUCUAAUGUUUUAUGCCUUUGUCCUCGGAAUCAAUUACUACAUCAAUAAAUUUACGAGAGACACAUGUUUAUAUG